CAUGGCUACAGUCACUAUCGCUGUCAGCGGGCUCACGUACUCGUACACAGCUGCUUCGGACCCAAUUCUCAAGGAUAUAGCUCUCAGUUUGCCAGAGGGAUCCAGAACUAUUCUUGUUGGUGCCAAUGGAGCUGGGAAAUCCACUCUACUGCAGAUUCUUGCCGGAAAGCGCCUGGUGAGCACCCCUGGUGCCGACAUCCGUAUCAAGGACUGCGAUGUCUUUCGCAAUUCACCUUUGGGCGUCUCUUUCCUGGGAACUGAAUGGGCCAUGAAUCCUGUCGUGCGCGGCGACAUCGUCGUGUCUGCAUUUCUCGACUCUGUAGGCGGAUACAGGUAUAAGGAGAGGAGGGACCGUUUGCUCGAUAUCCUGGAUAUCGAUCUGGACUGGCAUAUGCAUGCAAUUUCAGAUGGAGAGCGCCGCCGAGUCCAGCUGUGUUUCGGCCUCAUGAUGCCGUGGGAUGUUCUUUUGCUUGAUGAGGUCACCGUAGAUCUGGAUGCACUUGUGCGAGAUGAUCUCCUCAACUUUCUUCGCAAUGAUAGUGAAACUAGAGGCGCAACCAUUAUCUAUGCGACACAUAUAUUCGAGGGGCUCAAUGAUUUUCCCACCCAUGUUGCCCACAUGCGUUUUGGUGUUUUCGCUACUCCCCCCACUGCGUGGCCUUUUUCUGACCAGCCGACGGUGACAUUAUACUCUGUUGCAGUACAAUGGCUCAAAGAGGACCGAGAGUAUAGACGUGAGCUUGAGAAGAAUGGCCUUAAACUCAGGGGAGCCAGGAAGGAUGAGGGCGUUCCGUCGGACUCUGAGACCUUCUACAGGAAAUAUGACUACAGCCAUUGACGAGGC